AUGGCCUUCAAAUUCAACUUUUCCACCGGCGGCGACAGCGACAGCGACGAUGACACGCCCAUGACCGCCGCGCCCGCCGCCGCCGCCCCCACAGCCGCCCCCCCCACCACGCCCGCGCAGCACCACACACUCGCCUCACUACACACUCCCCCAAACAUCUCCUACACCACGCUCCACCCCACCCCGCACAUCCGCCUCCCCCGCCGCGAGCUCUACGACGUCCGCAUGCAGCUCAUGUCCGAAGACCCACUCUCCACCACCACCACCACCACCGCCCCAACCGCGCUCAUCGGCACCUCCGACAUCCACACCUCCGUCUACGAGGGCGGCCUCAAGUCCUGGGAGUGCUCACUAGACCUCGUCCAGCACCUCUUCAGCACCCCGCCAACACCCCCGCCUACGCGCGUCCUCGAGCUCGGCUGCGGCACAGCGCUACCCUCACUGCACCUCUUCCAGGCGGCGCUGGCCAGCGGCACGCCCUGCUGCUUCACGCUCGCAGACUACAACGUCGAUGUGCUGCGGCUAGUGACGCUGCCGAAUCUGCUGCUGGCGUGGUGCAUGCUGCGCGCUGGGGCGGCGUGGGAGGACGAGGGGGACCUGGAGGUGACGCGGGACCUGGUGGACGAGUUUGUGGCGGCGCUGGAGGGCUGCGGGGUGGGUGUUGAGUUUGGGCUGGUGUUGGGGUCUGAGACGAUUUAUUCGCUGGCUACGCUGGGGGUGUUUACGGAUGUGCUGCUGGGGGCUGUGGAGGAAGGGGGGAGGGGUUUGGUGGCGGCGAAGAGGAUGUAUUUUGGGGUUGGGGGGGGCGUGGGGGAGUUUUUGGAGGUGGUGGAGGCGAGGGGGGGGUGGGUGGCGAGGAUGGUGAGGGAGGAGAGGGAGGUGGGGGUGGGGAGGUGUGUGGUGGAGGUUGUGAGAAAGUAG